AUGGCAUUGCCGCUGCCCCGCGCGGCCUGCGUGCUCCUCCUCCUCCUCCUGGCCGCGCCGCUGCUCUGCGCCGCGCAGGGCCCCAUCUCGCAGCCGCCCGCGCCCGGCCCGUCCCCGCUCCUCCACCCUGAAUCCACCGCCGCCGACGCCGACGCAUGGGGCGCCAAGUCCGCCUCCCCUUCCACAGCACCCGCAGCCCACUCCCCCGCCCUGGCCCCUGCCGGCGACGACGACAAGGCCGCGUCCCCGCCCGCGCCCACCGAGACCGCCCCCGCGGAAGCCCCCGCGCCGGCUUCCUCAUCCUCGUCCCCGCACUCCACCGCCGCCGCGUCUCCCGCACCCGCCCCUGCCCCGUACGACGGCGGCGACUACGACGACGAGCCCAAGGCCCCCGCGCCCGCCCCGGCCACGAUGCAGGUGAAGUCCGCCACGGGCACCGGCGCCAGCGACGUCGACCAGCACCCGCAGGCGGUUGACGCCGCGGCGAACGAGCGGCGCGAGGGGAUGAGCGGCGGGAAGAAGGCGGGCGUCGUGGUCGGCGUGUUCUCGGCCGUGGCCGUGGUGGGCCUCUUCGUGGUGGUGUACCGCAAGCGGCAGGCCAACAUCCGGCGGUCCAGGUACGCCGACUACUCCGCGCGCCUCGAGCUCGUCUGAUCGAUCGAUGGCUGCUGCUCCGUCGGCCGAAGAUCUGGAUAUACUGCAGCAUAUAGUAGGAGAUGACACAUUGUUCCGUGAUUGGCCGCCGUUCUUUUGAUCCGUGUUGAUUAGAUUCAUUCUUAGGGGUGUAGAUUCGUUGAUUAGUGGGAGGAGAGUGAGAGCAAUAAUCGUGGAUGGAUGAGGAUGAUGUACUGGUGGUGCUCCAUUGAGAUGGAGGAGAUGAUUAUAGAUACAUUUUUCUUCUCUCUUUUGUACUGAACUGCAUUGCGUUUUGGCCAUUCUUCGGUACGAUAUAUACUGGUGGUACACUGUUCUUGCUA